CGUGUCCCCCUUUCGUUUUUUUACCUUUUUAACUCCUCAAUUAUAAUGCUUAAUCAAUCAUUUUACUUCCAAUUACAGAUAACCAAACACAUUCCUAGAUGGUGAAUCAGACAACAGGGUACGGCCAAUGUACAUAAUUAAGAAUCUUGGCUAAUCUUCGUACAUCUCUGGUAAUUAUACGACGACGUGUCACAUAACUGCAACCUGACAAUUUAAACUAGAGUUUGGUUAGUAAAUAAGUUAAAUCUCGAUUGGCACAUUUAUGGACACGUGGCCAAAUACUUGGAGAUUGGGUAAUAGUUUAUAACCAAAAAUGAUAGCUUUUGCUUAGCUUCUAUGACUUGGCGUGUCCAUGCAUAGACUCACUGGGUGCUACCUUUGAAGUUCCUUUGUCUAUUUAAACAACCCCAGCUGAAUUUGCCCCUACAAACCUCUCCUUCCUCUUCUCUCUCUCGUGAAAAUGAAAGGGCUUAGUUUCAGAGGACUCACAUUUAUGUUUUUGGUGGCAUUUCUUGUCUGGUCUUCUAGUUUGGAGGCCUGCCAUGGGAGAGCCACAUGGAAGAAUUGGAGGCAGAACAGAGCGGCCUCAGCGGCUCUCUACUCCAAGAAGUGGAAGACCACUCACCGUCACGGUGGUUCUCACAACGGCAACCACCGUGGCGGUGCUUCAAAGAUAAAGCCUCCGUCACUGCUGCCACCGGCUACUAAGCAGAAACCAGAUGUCCCCCGCAGCCUCCCACCCCCUCAUAAGGGCGGAGGCUUUAAUGGUGACCAUUCUUCCACGUUUAAUGUGCUCCAUUUCGGUGCUAAAGGCAAUGGAGAAACUGAUGACACCCAGGCAUUCCAGGACACAUGGACAGCCGCUUGCAAGGUGGCAGCAUCGACCUUCAUCGUCCCGUCAAACUAUGUCUUCUUAGUAGGCCCCAUCUCCUUCUCCGGUCCUUACUGCCAACCUGAUAUCGUAUUCCAGUUGGAUGGGACAAUCAUUGCGCCGACGGACUUCAAAGUUUGGGGUAAAGGGCUAUUACAAUGGCUACAAUUCACAAAGUUGGUGGGAAUCACCAUACAAGGAAAUGGAGUUAUUGAUGGAAGGGGUUCAGUAUGGUGGCAAGCUUCCCCUUUUGAUGAUCCCAUUGACGAUGAAGUCAAACUAUUCAUCCCACUCAACAGCACUGUACAAGCAAAGCCACCAUCACCAGUGAGAAGUGAGCUGGUGGGAAAGAUGCCAAGCAUUAAGCCAACUGCUCUGAGGUUUUAUGGAAGUUUUAACGUUACUGUCACCGGCAUAACAAUUCAGAAUAGCCCUCAAUGCCACCUCAAGUUCGACAAUUGCAUUGGAGUGUUGGUUCAUGAUUUUAGGGUUUCGUCUCCAGGUGACAGUCUCAAUACUGACGGAAUUCAUCUGCAGAACUCCAGGGAUGUGCUAAUCCACAGCACCAGUCUCUCUUGUGGAGACGACUGUAUUUCAAUACAAACUGGUUGCUCAAACGUGUAUAUACACAACAUCAAUUGUGGUCCAGGACAUGGAAUCAGUAUUGGAAGUCUGGGGAAGGACCAGACAAAGGCUUGUGUUUCUAACAUCACCGUCCGGGAUGUAAUUAUGAAUAACACAAUGAAUGGUGUCAGAAUCAAAACAUGGCAGGGUGGAUUAGGUUUUGUACAAGGAGUCCUCUUCUCAAAUAUUCAAGUUUCUGAGGUUAAGAUACCAAUAGUCAUAGACCAGUUCUACUGUGACAAAGCCAAAUGCUCAAACCAAACUUCAGCUGUGGCUCUAUCAGGAAUAAACUAUGAAAGAAUUAGAGGUACUUACACAGUAAAGCCAGUACACUUUGCCUGUAGUGAUAAUCUGCCAUGUACAGAUAUAUCACUAACUGGAAUAGAGCUCAAGCCACUGCAAGAACUCUAUCAUUUAUACGAAGCCUUCUGCUGGCAAACUUUUGGAGAGUUGAGAACUCCUACUGUCCCACCAAUUGAUUGUUUACAGGUCGGGAAGCCAUCAAACAACCAAAUUCAGUAUGAUUUUGAUACUUGUUGAGUGUGAAGUUGAUACUUAUUUGUGUAUUCACUGGUGUGGUUGGCAUGAUUUUCCAACCCCUUUCCACACCAUGAGCUUACGCUUGUACAUUUUAGUAGUCCUGGUUCAUAAGAUUAUCCUGUAAAAGUUAUAGUUCUGCCCAUUUAGAUAUCGACAUAUUGCAAUGACUAGACUGCAGUACUGGUAUGCUGCUUGUUUGUCAUCGCACACUUCACUGGGUGACAUUAUACUAAAGCCUCUACGAAGAUUUCUAAUAAAUCCGUCUCUUUGUAGUUUAAA